AUUUGCUGGUGUUUCAGUGAGAAAGAACAUGGACGAAGUUUUUAGUGUAACUCCUUUUAAAAGGUAGUACAAGAUGUCAUGCUGAAGUUUAAAAAAAUAUAUUUUUAUUGAGAGCUAAUUUUGGAUUAAAGACAGGAACAAUAAAAAACAAAAGAAGUUUAAUUAUUAUUUUUUGAUUCUAAUGAAACAAAAUGCCUUCUACCUGUGGCGAUGUCGUCGAAGUUGCUGUCACAACUCCACAAACAGUGGUGGAUGGAAUUUCGAGUACAGAUAGUGUUGGUACACAUAGUGACGUUUCGGUAUUAACAACAAUUUCUGGUAGGCCAAGAAUGGAUGUGGCUUGUGUUCUAGAUUUACAUCAACCUGAACAUCUUGCUCAAAGAAAAAAAGCUUUCGAAGAAAUUAAACAUGCUUGCAAUUUAGUAAAUGCCAAAAUGCAUCACAUACAGUUCGAGAAGCUGGACUUCGGGGAAACAAAUGUAUUGGAUACAUUUUAUAAUGCAGAUGUUGCAGUAGUUGAUUUAAGUAUUCAACUUCAACAAUCAGCUCUUUUUUAUCAUUUGGGAGUUCGCGAGAGUUUUGACAUGAAGGAAAAUAUUCUUUUAAAUAACGAUACAGAUGCUGAAGCAACAAUUAGACUCAAAUUGUCAUGUGGAAGUUAUACAUUUGUUUCGUAUCGAGUGAUGGAAUGUGGAACUUGUGUUUCAACGAGUCCAGCGGCAAGUAUUGUUACUGGAGAUGAAGUAAUUGAUCCAAAACAACAUUUGACAUUAAAGCUGAAAAAAUUGUUUCAAGAUGUUGAAAUACAAUCCAAAGCUCACAUGAAAGAAAAAUUCCUAGCAGAUUUGCGAAAAGCUCGCGAUACUUUAACUGGUGAAGAACUUUCGAAAGCAUUAAAUAAUAUGCGAAAACGUUUGGAUGAUCCUAAUGUUCUUUCAGGAGAAGUUGUACUCAAUGUUUUAAUUUCGUUUCGUGAGAUACAGGAUUACGAUGCAAUGGUUCAGCUUGUCGACGAUUUGAGAACUGUGCCGAAUCAUAAAAAUUCAAUAAACACUCCUGCUAUUCGUUACUUGUACGCUUUUGCUUUGAAUCGAAGAAAUAAGGAAGGUGAUAGAGAAAGAGCAUUGAGAGUUAUUGAGAAAGCUUUAGAAAAAAAAGAGAACAAUGUUCCUGAUAUGCUUUGCUUAUGUGGAAGGAUAUACAAAGAUAAAUUUGUUGAAAGUCGUCACACUGAUCAUGAUAGUUUAAAUAACGCGAUUCACUGGUACAGAAAGGGUUUCGAGGUCCAACCGAAUGAAUAUGCAGGAAUAAAUUUAGCAACACUAUUAGUAAUAGCUGGGAAUGAAUUUUCGAAAAGUGAGGAGUUACAACAUAUAGGAAUGGUACUCAAUAAUCUUAUCGGUAAAAAGGGUAGCCUCUCGAGUUUGAAGGAUUAUUGGGAUGUUGCUACUUUCUUUGAGAUUAGCGUCUUAGCUGAAGAUUACACAAAAGCAAUUCAAGCCUCUGAGUGUAUGUUUAAAUUAAAGCCUCCCAACUGGUAUCUGAAAUCGACAAUUGGCAAUAUUUCCCUUAUUGAUAGAUUUCGAAAGAAAAAUGAGGAAACUGAAACAUCACCCGAGGAACAAAUAUUCAGUUUUUGGAUGGAUUAUUUUGUCGAAGCAACCAAAACUGAAGUUGGAGAUAGUAUAAGAUUUCCGAUUUUGGUUCUAGAACCGACAAAAAUUUUAAUGCCAAGUUAUGUGAAUGUAAAUCUUGGUGCCGAAGAGAAAUCGAUUCAAAUUUGGAAUUUGUGUUUAGAUAGUAUGAAAAAAAAUUGCAAACAAGUUCACGAUUGGCUUUUCACUGCAAAUAUGAUUCGUAGUGUUAGUUUGUAUAAGAGAGAUGAAAGAUGCCUGUUUUUAUAUGUGCAUCAAAACUCGGAUGACUUCCAAAUGUAUUUUCCGUCGAUUCAAUGCAGACAACGCUUUUAUAAUCUUGUAUUGGAAAUGACGAGAGAUCAGGAAGGCAUGGUGACAGAUUUGGACACUUAUAUGACAGGCGAAGGAAUGAAGUUUGAAUACGAACUCGAUGAGCAAAAUAAGCGAAUUGUUUUGGGUAAAGGAACUUAUGGAAUUGUCUAUGCGGCUCGAGAUUUAAACACUCAAGUGAGAAUUGCCGUGAAGGAAAUUCGAGAAAGAAAUUUAGGUGACGUUCAACCGCUUCAUGAGGAAAUUAAAUUACAUAGUCAAUUAAGACAUAGAAAUAUUGUUCAAUAUCAAGGAUCAGUGAGCGAGGAAGGAUAUUUUAAAAUUUUUAUGGAACAAGUGCCUGGAGGAAGUUUAUCGGCUCUACUUCGCUCAAAAUGGGGUCCUUUGAAGGAAAAUGAAUCGACUAUUUCCUAUUAUACAAAACAAAUUCUCGAAGGACUGAAAUAUUUACAUGAUCAAAAAAUUGUUCAUCGAGAUAUAAAAGGUGACAAUGUGUUGGUCAACACUUAUAGUGGAGUUGUUAAAAUAUCAGACUUUGGUAUGUCGAAACGUUUGGCUGGCCUUUGUCCGAGUACAGAAACAUUUACAGGGACGUUGCAAUAUAUGGCACCAGAAGUUAUCGACAAGGGACAACGCGGUUACGGUGCACCGGCUGAUAUUUGGUCCCUUGGUUGUACUAUUGUGGAAAUGGCAACGGGUAAACCACCAUUUAUUGAACUUGGAUCUCCCCAAGCUGCUGUUUUUAAGGUUGGCUACUAUAAAAUUCAUCCAGAGAUACCAUCAGAAUUGUCUGAGAGGGCAAAAAGUUUUAUUCUUCGUUGCUUUGAGCCAAAUCCUGAUGUCAGAGCGAGUGCAGCUGAAUUAUUAGAAGAUCCAUUUUUGACUGAAAAGAAAAAAACGUCCCGAUUGGCAGCACCGCCUGAUUUUAGUAGAAGUAUAUCCGUGCCUGCUGAACGAUUGGAACGACUUGGUAAAUGUGAUAAGACUAAUAACAACAACAUUGUUCCGGCAGCUCCUAUUCAAGCUUCUCAAUCGGAUGACAGUGUCAUGUGUAGCGGAGGGAUAUCAAAAUCGAGUCCAUUGAGAGAGAGAAGUCCAGCCCACCUUCUAUCCCCCAUCCGCAUGCCUACUACUACGUCUCUUUCAUUUAACAGUAAUAUAGGCAGCACACCGUCCAUAGAAACAAGUGAAAGUGAUGCUUCCGGUGCUUCUAUGACAAGAAGAAGUUCCUCGGGAGGAUUGUUAUCUCCAGAAGUUGAAAUUAAUGGACAAUUGGUACAAAAAGCUGGAGAUGAACAAGAGGGAUUUUAUUUAUUGAAAAAAGACAGUCAACGACGAAUGACACUUACUCGAGUAUUGAGUCAAGAUGAAAAGAAAAUCUGCGAAGUUUGGAUGAAAAGUAUUCAUCAAGAUGUUGGUCAAACAGUUCUUCGUAUGGGCCAUUUGGAAUUACUAAUGCGUAAUUUGAAGGAUUACAUUGCCGAUCAGAAUCAGGACGUAAUAACGACAGCAAUCCGUACUUUGAAGGAGGAAUUGGAUUUUGAUUCGAACGCCAUCAAUCAUUUACAGCUGGCCAUUUACCUGUUUCAAACUGCAGUAAAUGAAGUCCUUCGAAUGCACAGCAUUAAACCACAUUGGAUGUUUGCUCUAGAUAAUCUAGUCAGAAAUGCCGUUCAAGCUGCUAUUACUGUUCUCUCUCCUGAGCUUGGUGCUAAUUUAAUGGGUCAAGAGAGAGUUCAAGCAGCUGGUGAAGGUCCUGAAGAGGGUUCAACUUCUGGAAUAUCAACAGUCAAUUCAAUUAAAUCACAAAAAACAGUUGAUUUAAUUGAAAAUAAAUAUUGGCGGGAAUAUCGCGAAGAAAUGGGAACAUUAAAGAUUGAAAAUAUGAAGCUUUUGCAAGAAUUAAUGGAGAGUCAAAAAACAUAUCAGACAUUGUUACAUCAAGCAUUGGAGGAGCAAAGAAGUCAAAUUGGUAUUUUAACACAACUUUGUGAAUCAAUUAAUAGAAGGAGUGUUAGACAUGAGUCGGGAUAUUGUUCAUCAACUACAGGAAUUGAUUCGACCUCUUCAAUUCCAUCGCAUCUACCUCAAAUUAAUGUUACGGAUAAUAAUGCAACAACAACCACUGACACUAGACUUGUAAAUUGGUUACAAACUAUUGGUUUGGAUGAAUCAUCAAUUGAAAGAUUUUCGUAUGAAGAAUAUACUUUUGAAGAUGUGGCGUAUCAUAUCAUGAGAGAAGACCUUCGCAAAUUGAACUUGAGAGGAGGUGUUGAAUUGAGGAUAUGGAAAGCAAUACAACAAUUGCGUAAAGAAAACUGACACCUAACGAAUAUUAAUAAUCCAGAUCGAAUUCUACUAACAUUAUAUAUUUUGUGAAAAAAUAUUUAUUUUCACUAAUUCAUUGCGUCAAUCGCUUUUUUAAAAAAAAAAAAAUCAAAAAAUAUGCAAGAGUUUUGAGUAUAAAAUCAAAAUCCACGUUUAAUAACAAUUCUUUUAACACACUGCGAUAUGAACUUAAAAAUCUCGUGGCGUUUCAAUAUAAUAAUAAUAAUAAUAUUAAAUUGAAAAUAAUUAAAAGUAUUUUUUACAAACGCACAAUUCAAAGUAAUAUACUAAAUACGAAUUAUAUUUUAAAUGAUUAUUUUUGUACUCCAAAAAUAAUUCUAGUCUUUUUAUGCAGCUUUGAAAUAUUUACAAGUUUUGUAAAUUGAAUUUUUUUGCUGUUAUAUAUGAUUAAGAUCUCACGCGAAUUUUAUUCGUCCAGUGCCUUAAAAGUAAAUAUAGAAAGAAAAAAACAAUAACGUCCAUUUAAAUGCAAUAUACUUCAUUUUACUCAAUACUAUUUUUGUACUACCAAUGAAAAUUCCGGGAAUGGAAUAAGCAGCUGUUAAAUUAGUAAUAAUAAUAAUAAUUAUAUGUACAUAAAAAAAAACGUUUCUUAUUGUGUAAGAAAAAGUAAUUUCUUGUUGAUAAUGACAAAACAAAUGCCACUAAAUUUGUUAUUGAAAAUAUAAUUCUAUUUAAAGAAAAAAAAAAAAAUUCACAAUAUUUUUUCAAAUACACAAUUGCAAUGUUUUUUUUUGGAAAAGAAAAACUUUUGAAACAAGGGUGUCUAAUGAUGAUGAGUAUUGUAAAAUAUUGAAAUAUUCAUCAACUUUUUUCAAUUUUCUGAAAAAUUUUUUGACAAUUUAAUUAGACAAUUAAAAAGUUUGUGAAAUUUGGUAAAAUUAUGGAAUUAUUUUUCUCAAAGUUGUUAGACAUUCUUUAUUAAAGAAUAAGAAUUUAAAAAAAUUGAAAUAAUCUUAAAAUUUAAAGAAAUUCUUCUCUAAUGAAGUAAUCUUAACAGUUGUGCUUAACUUGAAUUAACACACAAACACCGAAUAAAGUACCUCAAUUUCAAAAUAUGUUAUAUAUAAAGAGAUAUUGUUUAUAUUUACAAUUAUUAUAGUAAUUCUAAUUGUUAUUUGCAGACAUGAUUUGUAAUAAAGUGAAUGAUAAA